AUGAGUCAAGUCCUCUUCAAGGCUCCAAAGGUGUUGAGCCGCUGUCAGAUCCGGUCUCUAUCAGCCCAAAUCGGAAGGCUGAAAAGCUAUCCGACAUCCAUCCGUCCAUCCAGAGACGAAAUCAAGCAUGAACGUCUUUCCGAUCAGAAUCUAGAGGUUGCAAUACGUGGCCUGUAUCAGGAUGGGCUUGUGGUUAUUGAAAAUGUCAUCCCCCAUGACUGCCUCGACCGACUCAACAAAAGGAUGGUCGAAGAUGCCUAUUAUCUUCAGUUGAAGAAAGAAAACAGUCCAUUCAACUACAACCCAGGGAAUAUCCAGCAAGACGCUCCUCCAGUAAGGGAGUACUUCGAGCCCAGUAUUUUCAUGAACCCCAUCGCCACUCAAAUCACCUCAACAGCACUAGGACCCCGCCCAAAAUGGACGUUCUGCUCGGGCAAUACUGCAAUGCCCCCAACUGCAGAGAACCCUCCAAAGUCCCAGCCUGUCCAUUCAGACGCAGACUUUGCCCACCCAUCUCAUCCUUUUGCACAUGUGAUCAAUGUUCCCCUCAUAACCAUGACCCCGGAGAAUGGCUCGACCGAGGUAUGGUUGGGAACGCACCGUGACACCGGCCUACAUGUCCAGGAAGGGGAACACGGCGAGCGUGCCAGUGGCCGAAUCAAACUUGAUGAACUAGAGAAGCGUCGUCUAGACCGCCCGCCAUGUCAACCCGUGGCUCCUAAGGGGUCUCUAGUUAUUAGAGACCUUCGCCUUUGGCAUGCUGGAAUUGGCAAUCAGACGAAGGAUCCUCGAGUCAUGUUGGCGAUGAUUCACUUCGCGCCGUGGUAUAGAAACCCUAUGAAACUCGAAUUUGCGGAUGAUCUGAAACCUGUCAUUGAGGGCCAGACCGAGCUGGAGGUUCCAGUGAACUGGGUGAGCAAGUCGAAAGCACUCUCGCGGUAUCUGAACCGUGGCUUUGGAAAUGCCUACGACUUCAACCAGUACCCUUAA